UGAAUGAUUUUAAAAUAAUUAUCUAAUUAAAUAACUAUAAAUUUCUAUUUAAAAUAUUAUAUUAAAUCAAUUUAAGCAUAUAUAUAAUUAUUUUGAGCUUUAAAAUUACAUCUAUAUAUAUAUAUAUGUUUUUUGGAUGAUCUAAAAAAUAAUUAUGAUUCUUGGUAAAAUAAUACAAUAGUUUUGGACUUUAAUAUCAACUAAUGCAUGAAUUCAAAAAUAUUUUAAAGUUUUUCUAAAAAAAUAACACAUCUUUAAAAAAUAAUGUCAAAUAAUAAUACAUUGUACCUAUUAACAAAUUUUCAAAUUUAAUACAAUAUAAUUCAAUAUAUAUAUUUAGUAUUAUAUGUAAAAUAAAUUUAAAUGAAAUAUUAAAGCAAAUUUUGAUAUUAAAUUAAAGAUACACAUGAUAAAUAUGAUACCAUUACAAAACCAAAUGUUGUUUUUAAUAAAAUAAGAUUUACAAGAUAAAAAAAAUAUAAUAUUAUGACCAAUUUAUGAUAAAUAUGAUACCAUUACAAAACCAAAUUUUUUUCUUUUUUUUUGCAGUUCUAUUAGAGAUAAAAUAAUUUCAUAUAGGGAAUUCAAUGGGACAUUAACUAAUAUAAAGAUUAUGACCAAUCUAGUAAUCAUCAAUUGGUUUAUGUUGAAAGUUCAUCUAAGUUGACAUUGUAUCAGAUUCAGAUCCCAAAUAUGUUAAAUUCCUAAUUAAAAUAACCUUUCCUAACCGGAUAUAAAUAUCGUAAUUAACUCCCUCGACUGAGUAUAACUAUCUUAAAUUUCCAAGAUUUCUCGGCAAUAAAAACUAUUAUCUCGAGAUUUUAAGUUUAUAGAUUUCUAACUUAAAACCAAUUGGCGAUAAAUGCAGUGGUCCAAGUCCCUUAUAUAUUAGUAAGUCCUUUACAUAUUUUUAAUAUGAGAUUUUUUCUCUAACAAGUUCCCUCGUAAUAUUUGCUAAGGAAUAUAUGAUGGAUAUGUUGUAAAUAUAUUCGUCCAUAAACUUACGAUGAAUUUGCAAAACAAUUUACCACCAUUCAUCGCAAACCAUCGCUUAUAUUUGCUAGGGAUUUGCAAUUUUUGUAAAUCCAUUGCAAUAUUGAGAUGAUCUUUCAAUAAUCUUUUUCGUAGAUAUGGAAGGAGUUUUCUACACAAGGGACUUUCAUAGCAAACCUUCACAUAUUUGCGUUGGUUUGUUCUUUUCGAAAUCUUAACUUGCAAAUAUCAUAUUUUCUUAUAAUUUAUUUGAUCACACCUUGUUUGUGGUAGUACAUGGAUAAUUCAUUUAUAGGUUACAUUUUUAGCUUUGGUUUUCUUCUUUUGACACCAUCUUGUAUCUGAAUACUUGUUUGAUGUCUCUAUUAAUAAUAUCGUUCUCUUUUGUCCAUAACUUAACCAAGACGUCGCUAGUGAACCACAUAAAUUAAUAUGUAUUUGUUUCUCUUUUUGCGUUUUUAUGUUUUCACGUCCUUAAUCAUUGAUAAUAGAUAAAUUUUAAUAGUUUCUAUAUAAUUAGUUUGAGUGCUAGUCUCUGUUGUCGUAUAUUCGCAUGCGUGAGAAAUGGAUCACAAGAGAGUAGGUAGAGUGAUACAUGAGUUGGGGACUCAUAUAUCAUCAGAAUGCAUAUCACAUGGCAAUAUGGCAUUGUUUGGCCUAGUGUGGACUUCACUCUCCCUUUUUGCACAGCCAACCCCCAUUCUCUAGUGCCAACGUGUGCGAUCGGUAACUACAAAAGUAACUGAGAGUAAUUAAUAUAGAGAAAUUGAGAGUAACAGAGUAAAAUAACAUUAAAAAAGAAAAGAAAGAUGUCACUUUCAGCGUAACACCAAUUUUUCUUCACGUAGAAAGAGGAACAAAAUAAACAGUUUUACUCUAAUUAAACAGUAACUAGCGAAAAGAUAGGUGGAAAGUUUUCAACCUGAUUGGUACGAUAAUAGCUGGAGUGAGAGCAAAUGUAUUUUUUGCUGAAAAUAUAACGCCACUUGUGACAUACAUGUUAUGAUUGGUAAACUUUGGAGGAGUAAUAGGGAGGGAAUAAAAAAGAAGUGAUUUUCGGUAAGAGUCAUUUUUUGAGAUUUUAUUACACAGUAGAGCAGUUACAACUACCAAAGUAGUUUUAUUAUGGUUAUUUAUUUUGCUGCCCCUAACUAAGCUAAACGUGUAGUGGGUUUAAUAGUUUUUUUUCUUUAGUUUAAUGUUUUAAAUAAAAUCGGAAGAAAAAAAGUAGUAAGCGACGUUCAGAGCCACAUCUUUUUAUUUCUUUUUUCUAAUCUCUUACACGUUUACCUAGGUAAAAAUUUUGCUGAGAAAAGUUGAAAAAAUCAAGCCGAGAGACUUAAUCGAUUUAACGACGGAGAUGGUGGAGCUAGAUGCGUAGUCUCAGAUCUCAAUCAACUAGCCACAAUCCGAUGCUCAAAAUAUCAAUUGGAGAGUUAUUCAUUCAUGGUCAAAGUCAAAAAUUUAUCUUUCUUCUCGAAUGAAUCAACUCCUCAUUUAUUUUUGUCUCCGCCAUCAUCUCAGCCUCACUUAUUGCUGCCCUCCGACAAUCUGAGUUUGAUUACCAGCUCAAAGUGUAUUAAACCUCUUUGUCUACUACUCUUUUUAUUCUGUGGCUGGAGAACUUAGAUACAUAAUCAUCUUCGGCUCACUUGUCGUCGCCUCUGCCUCACUUGAUUCUACUCUCCAUCAAGUCUGAUUACCGCUUUGAACUAAAUAAUACAUGUAUGUUCUAUAAGAUUAUUCUUCUCCCGACAUUGGUUGGUAAGGUGCUCUAAAAUAAUUGUUCGUAGACUUCAAAGUCCUUUUUAUAUUAUUUUUUUAUCAGAAAACAUGUACGUUAAAAAUCAUUUCAUGAAAACUAUGAAGUGUCAAUUUUCUUUGUUGAGAUUUUAUGAAAUUUAUACAUAUUCCGGGAAAAUAUGUUUUCUUGAUCAUUUUUUGUUGUUACAAAAAAAAAAUCCAGGUUAUUUCACAAUUUUCUAAUGUUUCAAAUAUUGUCAUGAAUUACAUAUUACUAUUUAGUAUUCAGUAAUCUUAUUGUUGCCGUCUAGCAUCGUUUCGCCAUGUUACCAAAAGGAAGAGUUAGUUGAACUAUAUUUCGGUAGUUUGUUUUUGGUAUUCUUUAGACCAUCUCCAAUGGUUCACUUUAUAAUAUGAUAACUCUAUAAUAAAAUUGAGUUAUACUCCAAUGAUACUCUACUUUAGAAUUGAAAAUAGAGUGAUGCAGAAAAAAAAUAACUUACUCUAUAUAUAGAGUAAACUCAUUUUUACUCUAUUAUAUAUAGAAUUUUAAAAUUUAAAUAUUAAACUUAGAUAAAUAUUUGAGAAAUAUCAUUUUAAAUCUAGAGUGAAUAAUUUAUGAAAUGUCACUUUUAGUUUAUUACAUGUGUAAAAUGUAAAAACUUAAAAUACAUAAAUUAUUGAUGUAAUUAUAAUUUUCUAUUAAAUAAAAUUUGUAAACAAAAAUAAAUUUUCCCUUAGAAUAUAUGGAUUCAAAUCCACUUAUCUUUUAAAUCUAAUAAAUGAAACAAUAGAAGCGUUAUAGCACAAUGGUAAGAAAAGCUAAAUUAUAUUUUGCGACCAAGGUUUGAUUCCUAGGGAGCCCGAUUUUAAAAAAAAUCAUCAGUUACAAGUUUUGUCUAAUAUAAUGGUUGACUAACGCGAUAUUAGUCAAGAUAGAUUUUAUAUAACACGAUUCAGAGUUUAUGUCUAUAAUUCAAAUUAGUUUUUAGUUUAGAUCGUAUUCACUAGUAGAAAACUUCGAAAUACACACGUUUUGGACACAGUAGUAUCGUGACUUAUUUUGUGUUAGUCACGACAAAGUCACAUUUAGUCACGAAAUAGGAAAACGUGACACUCUGUCUUUUUCAUGGCAAAAUAGACACGAAUUGGUCACAUAUGUUUUCGUGACUAAACGUAGUCACGAUUUGUCACAAACUAUUCGUGACUAAACUGUCACGUUUUCAAAACCGUGUAUAAACCGUGGCUUUUAGAGUCACGAAAUGACACUAGCUAAACCGUGACCAAGACGAUGUCUAAUCAAAUAAUCGAAAACUUUAGUCCCACUCCAUUUCGUGACUAAAGUGAGACUUUUCCAACAAAAAAAUAUCAUAAACUUUACAUCAAAGUCAGAAAACGGGACUGUUUUGGCUGGGAAUAUAUUCGAAUUUGGUUGGUCACAGUAGGCAUCGUGACAAAAACAUGUCAUAUCUAGUCACGGUUUCAUUAUUGUGACAAUUUCCAUGACUAAAACAACACAAAACAAACACUUUCGUGGAAAUGAAGAGCACAAUAUCAAACAAAGAAAACCUCUCCUCUCUAUAUUUUUAUGUGUUCUUGACAAAUUAGUGAACGUGUUUUCUCAACUCUUUCUUUUGUAUUUCAUAAUUUCAAUGUCUCAUUUCUUUCAAUCAAGAGAGUGGAUGGAUCGACAUUUAGAUCCAAUCCGAAAUUGUGUUUCUGAAGAAUUUAUGGAGGGAAUUGAAGUGUUUCUAGCUUUUGCUUGUAAUCAAGAGUCUUACCAAGGAACAAACACUAUGUUGUGUCCAUGUGCACGAUGCAAGAACCGGAAACAACGCGAUGCAAAGACGGUUUCUAAACAUCUUUUCCGAGUAGGAUUUACGGGGAAUUACUAUGUUUGGUCAAGUCAUGGAGAAAGCUGUUACAACGUUGGACAAUCUUCGGGGACAAGUCAUUUCUAUGGAGAAGAAACACAAGAAGAAGCAGAAGGUACAAACUAUCAAAUUCCAAACGAAAUGUACGUUAAUAAUCCAUUUUCCAAUAUAAAUAUAAAUUUGGAAGAAGAGGUUGAAGUAACCCCUACUUUGGAGUAUGUGGUGGAAGCGGGUAAUGAAGAAACAUAUCACGAUAACGUUUUUAGAGCCUAUGAAGAUGCAAGCCAACCACUUUAUGAUGGAUGUUCUGAAGGAAUUUCUCAACUAUACUUGGCUUCACGAUUGAUGAAAGCAAAAACCGAUUACAAUUUGCCGGAAGCUUGUAUCGACGAGAUAUCAAAAACUUUCAAAGAUGUUCUACCGAAGCCGAAUAAAGCGCCAUCAUCUUAUUACGAAACAAAGAAGCUGGCCCGAUCACUUGGCCUCCCUGUUGUGAAGAUUGAUAUUUGUGAGGAUAACUGCAUGUUGUUUUGGAAAGAAGAUAAAGAGCUUUUGGCAUGUCGGUUUUGUGGUAAAGACAGAUACCACCCAAACAGAGGAAGAGGAAAAAAUCGUCCUAAACAGAGGAUGUUUUAUAUGCCGAUUACGGAACGUCUGAAACGUCUAUACCAAGUAGAGACAACUGCAUCACAUAUGCGAUGGCACGCAGAGCAUAAUUCUCCUGAAGGAGAAAUGCAUCACCCGUCAGAUGGAGCGGCAUGGAAGCAUUUUAAUGGGGUAUAUCCUCAAUUCGCUGCUGAAAGUCGUAACAUUUAUUUAGGCUUAUCGACAGAUGGAUUUAAUCCAAUCGGUAUGAAUGGUGAAGCACAUUCGAUCUGGCCCGUUAUCGUAACUCCAUAUAACUUACCACCUGGUAUGUGUAUGAAAAGGGAAUAUUUAUAUCUGUCGAUACUAGUUCCCGGGCCAAAACAUCCGAAAAAAAGUCUAGAUAUUUAUCUUCAGCCGCUGAUUGAAGAAUUACAAAGUUUGUGGAGUGAGGGGGUGGAAGCUUAUGAUAUCUCAAAGAAAGAAAGAUUCACAAUGCGAGCGGCACUGAUGUGGACAAUAAGCGACUUUCCAGCAUAUGCAAUGCUUUCUGGUUGGAUGACGCACGGUAGAUUAGCGUGUCCAUAUUGUUUAGAUGAUACAAAGGCGUUUUGGUUACAAAAUGGAAGAAAGCAUAGUUGGUUUGAUUGUCACAGAAUGUUUUUGCCUCAGAAUCAUCCUUACCGGCGAAAUGUUAAUGCGUUUCGGCGGGGACAAACAGUAACAGAUGAUCCACCCCUGUGGUUAACUGGAGAAGAAAUUCUUCGUGAAAGAAUAAACAACAUUGAGGGGUUGUCCAAAACAGUUGAUUGUGGAGGAAAAGGCCACGAGAAGGCUGCACAGACGAUAUCUGGCUAUGGAAAGGAUCAUAAUUGGGUGAAGAAGAGUAUUUUUUGGGAUUUGCCAUAUUGGGAGAACCUUCUUCUUCGACACAACAUUGACUUCAUGCAUGUGGAGAAAAACUUUUUUGAUAAUCUCACCAACACUGUGUUGAAUGUUCCUGGAAAGACGAAAGAUAACAUUAAAUCGAGGAUGGAUCUCCCUAAUAUAUGUAGAAGACAAUCUCUACAUUUAAACGAAGAUGGAACUAUGCCUGUGCCGAUAUUUAGGUUGUCAAAUGAAGAAAAAAGGCAAUUUCUCUCAUGGCUGAAGAAUGAUAUAAAAUUUCCAGAUGGAUACGCUUCAAAAUUUAGUCGGUGCAUUGAUGAAACAAAUAUGAAGCUAUCAGGGUUGAAAAGUCACGAUUGUCACGUUAUUAUGCAACGACUUUACCCAUUUGCAUUUCGUGAACUCCUUCCGAAACAUGUUCAUACCGCAAUUUCAGAGAUUGCACUUUUCUUUCGUGAUAUCUCAGCAAAGAUAUUGCGCACCGAAGAUGUUGUUCUUUUGAAAGAAAAUAUAGGGGUGAAGCUUUGUAACUUAGAGAAGAUAUUUCCUCCAUCAUUCUUUGAUGUUAUGGAACAUCUUCCUGUGCAUCUACCAGAUGAAGCUGCAUUAGGUGGUCCUGUCCAAUAUAAAUGGAUGUAUGUCUUCGAAAGAUACAUGUAUCAUUUGAAAAAGAUGGUAAAAAACAAGGCAAAUAUUGCAGGGUCCAUUGUUGCACAAUCCUUGAAUGAGGAGAUGUCAACUGCAUCUGCAACUUACUUUGGUCAUCCAGAAGUAAUAGAAGAAGCUUCCAUUCGAGGGAAAAUUCGAUUUACUUAUACUUAUGAAGAUGUGCCAAAUUUGUUUUAUCAUGAAGGUCGGGUCAGUGGAAAAGCCACCACGAGAUGGUUAACAGAUGUUGACUUCACCGUCUUGCAAACAUUUAUGUUGCUCAAUUGCGAUGUGUUUGAACCUUAUGAAAGGAUGUUUGACGAGUUUGUGAUGGAAGCAAACCCAAAUAUUACUAGUAAUGAUCUACAGAAAGCGAAAGAUCAACAUUUUGCAAAAUGGGUGAAAGACUUUAUUACAAAUGCCAGUGAAACAUACGAGUUCCCUUUAUGGAUGUUGGAUUUCAUUCAAGGACCGCAUCGUAAUUACACAUCGUGGCCGAUAUAUUUCUCGCGAGGAUAUUGCUUCCACACACAUAGCCAUGGCCAAGAUAAAAAUACCCAACAUUAUGGCGUGUAUGUCCGUGGAACCACAGAGACCGAGUAUUAUGGGCUGAUAGAAGAAAUCAUGAUGAUCGAGUAUGGUGGUGCUGUUGGCUUGAAAGCCAUGAUUUUCAAAUACAAGUGGUUUGAUACAGUAGUGGGUCGUGGAAUGCGUAAGCAUAAGUCAGGGAUCAUUGAUGUGUCUCCCCGUGGCCAAUAUGAGAAAUAUGAUCCUUUCAUACUGUCUGGUAAUUGUGAUCAAGUAUGUUUCAUUCCUUAUCCGCGUGUGCGUCGUACAAAUGUGGCAGACUGGUGGGCAUGCACAAAAGUUUUGCCUCGAGGGGUAAAUGAAACAUCUGAAGUUGCUUUAACAGCAUUGCAAGAUGAUACACGUAACGAUGUUGUUGCACCGAGUGAGAUGAUACGAAUUGAAUCAUAUGUCGUGAAAGAUGAUUCUGGUUAUGAUGUCUUACCCGUGGCUCCUCCUAACGAUGAAUAUGUAUCAGAAGACGAGUUAGAAGAUUCUUGUGGCGACUCUGAUUCGAACUCUGAUUCUGAUUAAGGUAAUAUGUAGUUGUGAUAUGUAUUUGAGAUUUGGAAUAUUAUUAAUAAAAUAAAGUUUGAUUAUCGUA